AUACCUUCGCAUAGGCCGAUCUCGCCGGGACGUUCUGUUUCUCAGUCUUAGCGAUCGCGCUCCGUUUCUCGAGAGGAUCUCCGGAUCUCGUAAGAUUUGCAAAAAAAAAAAAAAAACAAAAAAAGGAAUCCCGCACGGACGAUCGAACACGGAUCAGCGCGACAGAUAGUUGAGAAAUUUCGAGGAACGAUCGGCGACGACUCGGUGAGAGUGCGCGAGUGCGAUCAAACGCUCUAUCGAACUCUCCUCUCUCUCUCCUAUCAAGAUCGGCCGAUUAGGAACGGAGAACCGUUCUUUCGCGUUUCUGGAAUCGCAAGGAGAAGAAGAUAAGAGGAGAUCACGGUAAACAGAGACACGUGACAUCCUGCUUUCGUGAUUGAAAGAAAAAAUAUUGUAAGAUCUAAACGAGACUUCCCGCCACAAGGUUUGAAUUGUGCGGGCUUUCAGCGGACCUAGCGCGUUAUAGGAACUACUACGAAUUCGGGAAGAAGUCGACACGUGUCAGUCGAUCUCCCGGGACGAACACGAUCGAGGUUCCUCGCGAAGCGAUCGGAAAAACUCAUCUUUCCGCUCCUCUCCGAUGAUCGAUCAAUGAGAAGACUCGUGUUUGUGAGAUUCACGAAGAUGGACUUCAAAUAGCGAUAGCGGUCGACCGGCGGAGCCUUCGAGUUCUCUUGAUCCGUGUUGUAUUUCUGCUAUAAGUAUUCCCCCGAGUAUUCCUCCUCCCGCUCGCUCUGAACGCCUUGUCGCGCAAAUAAGAAGGUGAACGUAUCGAAACCCCCUACCCCAUUCUUUUUAUUGCACAUCUCCCCACUUGAGAGUAAAACACCUAACGCAGCAAACGUUCCCUCCGGAGAGCGAGAGAAAGAGACAAACAGGCGAUCGCCGAUUCUCUCGACCGGGAUUCUUUAUCGGAAAGAACUUCGCUGCGCUUCUCCGACACCGCGACACGAUGACCGGUAAAACAAUAUGGCACCUGCUGUACACCCUGUUGGUGAUCGUCGGUGUCGUCCGCCGGAGCAAAUGCGAGAUUUUCGACGUGCCGUUGAGAGUCGAGCACGACGAGUAUCUCAAGGAGUAUUUGUUCAUCGACGAGAGCAAGUACCACGCUGACCUGCAGGAAUUCGACGACACGACGGUCGAAAUAGAUCUGAUCAAUCAUAACCGGAAGCAUAUUCUGUCGCACGAGAAGCCUAGGGUGCUAUAUCAAGUCGGGAACAGCGAGAAGGAAUUACCGGAGUGCGCGGACCGGAGCGAAGUAUGUAGCAAGGUGGAUUUAUAUGGUGCACCGUGGAUCGAGAGACAAUGUCGUUGCCCGAACGACCGUCCCUGCCCCAGCAGUCUUCACGGGGACGACGGACACACGAUCGUCGAUAAAACACGCCGCUACAAGCUCUGCGAGCCCGUGAAACGACUUCCCAUCUGUCAUUACUUCAAGGACAUUACGUGGACAUUGGCACCCGGAGGAGGCCCAGCAAACGCGACAGUGCAACGCGUCUACUGUCGAUGUCGGCCAAAUAGCGUGCCAUACCUAGUACGUAGACAACCUCACAAAUCGCUGAAUGGAAAUCAUGGCUUCGUCUACGCCUUCGCCUGUUCUCCGCAAAGCAAAAUACGAUGCCAGCAUAAGGAACCCUGCCGUCUGUUCACCGUACGCAAGAGACGCAACUCGCAACUCGAGGAGGUGAACGCCUCGCCUCUCUGUCAGUGUCCUCGUGGACACCGGUGCCCGCGGAGGCACACGGAUCCCGGUUCGUCGCCGGCGCGAUCCUACGCCGGUAUCCUGGAGAUCAAGACAUACAGCGGCUACUGCGUACCGUAUCACGGCUACGACAAAAUGACCUACGGCAUUUGAGAGAGGCCAUUAUGCGUUAGGAACGACCUCUCGCUGCGCAGCGACGGAUCCAGGAUGUCUGCCAAACCAAAAUUCAACUUUCAAUGGACUACUCAUACUUUAAUCAUACGUUCUUGUAAAAAGAAAGACGAUUGGUUCCCAAACCACGGUGGAUCAGAGGUCCAUCUUUUCAAGCGCGUGACAAUCGGCCGUUUGGUUACCACCAGCCGUUUGUCGUAUUAACGUUGCCGUUAAAAUCGCAGAGUCGGCUUCCAAUUCCCGAUCGUGGUGACGAGCGUGUUCGGCUGAUCUUCGGACGAAGAUAGCUCGUCCGAACGUUCUAAUUCCUUUUUAGUAAUUCUUUUUCUUCUUUUCUUUCUGUAUUCUUUUCGUCUCGAACAAAAUGUGGUACUCGACGCUCUUGAUCCGCUCCGUAGACAGGAAGUGUCGUGUAGGAAUCGCGAACAACGGGAAAUUAACAUACGUGUCGAUCGGUCGGCUGUACCAGCCAUGUGAUGCCGUGCCAUGUACAAUCCCCCAGCGGCGUUGGCGAAUGUUAAGUGUAAAAAAUAAUGUACAGAAGAAUAUAUAGAGAUAAGAGAAUCGUACCCGCCUACAGUUUUGUACAGUACGUUUCGAAACGAUCGCCUCGUAUUCCCGCAAUGUAACACGAGCCUCAGUUAUCGCCCAUUGGUCGUAGCAAUAACGGUGAGUCUUUUUUUUUUUUUUAUUCUUGUUCUACAAUAAGGUGGCGAGUCGUAAGCCGUCAAAAAUUGGUCAAUUUGU